GAAUUCGAAAUCUCAUGCUACGGCGCGUGUAUAUCAGGUUGUUGUAGUUGUUGUUACUGACUUUUACUAAUUGCUUUCAUUCUUAAAUGUAAGUGCAUGCUAUAUGCCUCCAGAUCCUUCGGCUUACUUCCUCUUUUUCCAGCUUUCCUCACACGCUGGUCUACACUAUCCUCUAACACACAAAGUGCCGUCAGUCUAGACGCUAAGUGCUUAAGACCGAAAUUCAGGUUUGUUUUUAAGUGUGAUGGGUGAUUUGGAUAGCUCCCAUGUAACCUUGGUUGAUGGGUCUGUGUUGGAGAGUGUAUGUGCAUUUUAAGUCUGAAAAUCAUGUUCGCAUAGGGCGGUCAAAUCCUACGUAACGCUGUCUCGAUAGCAGUGAUAACGAAAAGACCCAUCGAGGUGUGUAAUAUUCGAGCUGGUAGACAGAAUCCAGGUCUCAGAAGUCAACACGCAGCUUCUCUCGAACUCGCUAGUAGAGUGUGCUGUGGUCAUUUAUCGUCGUGUGCAGUUGGAUCUACAGAAAUUCGGUUAAUACCUGGUCAGAUUUCUCCCGGUUCGUAUGAAGCUGAUGCUAAGACGGCAGGGUCAGUCUCACUGAUGCUACAAGCUGUAGCGCCAGUGUUAGCGUUUGCUUCCAAUCAGAGUGAACUGUUGUUGCGUGGUGGUACAGACACAUUGUUUGCACCUCCGAUCAACUAUAUGACUGAGGUAACAUCACAUUACUUUAGAAAAAUGGGUUUGGUUUGUGAGAUAAAAGUCCUUCGACGAGGGUUUCAUCCAUUAGGUGGAGGGAUUGUCAAAGUACUGGUUUCACCUCUAAAAGAGCCACUUUCCCCCAUUUCUUUGUUAAAUUCAGGAACCGUUGAGAAAGUCAGUGGUUAUUCUCUUGUUGCAGGAAGAGUUCCACUAAAGGUUGCUCAUGAAGUGAAAGAUGAAGCGUUGCGUUGUCUUAGCAAAUGUUUCUCAUGUCCUAUAAAUAUUGAUUCAUUCCAAGAAAGCAGUGAUCGUUGUAAGGGCAACGUUGCGGCAUUUAUGUUCGUUAUGCAUACUUCAACAGAUUGCCGUUUGGCCGUUACUGGAAUUAUUAAUCCUCGAGAUCAUCAUUAUAGGCAAAUGGUCUCAGAAGCCUGUCAGUCACUUUAUAACUAUUCCAAAAUUGGAGUAUGUUGUGACGAUUAUAUGCAAGAUCAGCUUAUAAUGCUUAUGGCUUUAGCUAAGGGAAAUUCACAAAUACGUUGCGGGCCGUUGACAUUACAUACAAAGACUGCAAUAUACGUUGCGGAACACUUACUUGGUGUUAAAUUCGAAGUAAUCACGAAUGAUGGAUCUUCAGUCAUAUCGUGCAAUGGUGUUGGAUACACACCCGAACAUUUGAAAAAUUCUUGUUCAUAAUUCUUCUUUUAAUGUUUAACAGUGCUUUCAAUUUCACUUGUGUUGUUUAUCUCCUGCUUUGUUCUUUUUAUUAGAAAGAAUUUUGAGUCUG